UCAGGGUGUUCUGGGUGUUCUGAGUUGUGAGAUCUCGAUGACAAAUCCUUGGCUUCCAAGUUGUCGAGUUCCAGUCUUGUGGAUAAAAGUAUCACUCGCAGCGGUACUCUCCCGACAUAUUAACCCAGAAAGUGCAAACCAUCGCCAUAGGCGCUUUACAAACAAUUUUCAUACAUACCUAGGUACUGCGUGCAAAUUAGUAUUCCUAAGCUCUGUAACUCCUCGACCCAAGCACUCGAAUCGACGUCUACCUCGACCGAAGAUCAAGGCAUAGAUCGACAGAAUCGAAAACACCACGACGAGCACAGGAAAUGUAUCGGUGACACAAGCAAACAAGCAGCCACAUACGUAUUACCGCCGUACAGACGGUUCUAUGCAUGAACUAAA